CUGGGCAAUAAAGGGAGACUCUGACCCUAAAAAAUAAAAACGAAAGUGAAUGAGUGGAGAGGGGACUAAAACCUCAACACAUGAGGAAUAUGUGAAGCAACUGUUUUGCUUGAGCUAGAGAAUCUGAGAGGGGAAUGUAAAGAGCUAUCAUAUGGAUUGAGAAUUAAAUUUAGACUGUGUUUUCAAGGGGGCUGGUGUUUGAACUAACAGUAGAAAAUAGAGAGAGGAGUGUGGCAGUUCAAGAUAAAGACCUUUGUCCUGAUAAGAGCUAUUUGGAAAGGGGGUGGGCUGGCCCAAGUGAUGCUGGUAUCUCUGUCCCUAAAGGAUCAGUGGUUGUUUUACCAACCACUGUUGAUCUGAAUGGCCUUUUCAUGCAGGGUGCGUGUGGUUGGUCAGGCCCUGAUAAGGCUGGAUGAACCUACAUGCUGACAUCUGGGGAUUGUUUAUUCGCCUCUGAGACCUACUGUCAUAGAUGUUUCUUACCGUGUACCUCAGUAACAAUGAGCAGCACUUCACAGAAGUUCCAGUUACUCCAGAAACAACAUGCAGAGACGUGGUGGAUCUGUGCAAAGAACCUGGCGAGAACGACUGCCAUUUGGCUGAAGUGUGGUGUGGCUCUGAACGUCCAGUUGCUGAUAAUGAGCGAAUGUUUGAUGUUCUUCAACGAUUUGGAAGUCAGAGGAAUGAAGUUCGUUUCUUCCUUCGUCAUGAACGCCCCCCUAGUAGGGACAUUGUGACUGGACCAAGAUCUCAGGAUCCCAGUUUAAAAAGAAAUGGUGUAAAAGUUCCUGGUGAACAUCGAAGAAAAGAGAAUGGUGUUAAUAGUCCUAGGAUGGAUUUGACUCUUGCUGAACUUCAGGAAAUGGCAUCUCGCCAGCAGCAACAGAUUGAGGCCCAGCAACAAAUGCUGGCUACUAAGGAACAACGUUUAAAGUUUUUGAAACAACAAGAUCAGCGGCAACAGCAACAAGCUGCAGAGCAGGAGAAGCUUAAGCGACUGAAGGAAAUAGCUGAGAGUCAGGAAACUAAGCUAAAAAAAGUGAGAGCACUAAAAGGCCAUGUGGAACAGAAGAGGCUAAGCAACGGGAAACUUGUGGAAGAAAUUGAACAGAUGAAUAGUUUGUUCCAGCAAAAACAGAGAGAACUUGUUCUGGCCGUGUCAAAAGUAGAGGAACUGACAAGACAGCUAGAGAUGCUCAAGAACGGCAGGAUCGACGGCCACCAUGAUAACCAGUCUGCUGUGGCCGAGCUGGAUCGUCUCUAUAAGGAGCUGCAGUUAAGAAACAAAUUGAAUCAAGAGCAGAAUGCCAAGCUACAACAACAGAGAGAGUGUUUGAACAAGCGUAAUUCAGAAGUGGCAGUCAUGGACAAGCGUGUUAAUGAGCUGAGGGACCGGCUCUGGAAGAAGAAGGCAGCUCUACAGCAAAAAGGAAACCUACCAGCUUCAUCUGAUGGAAAUCUUCCCCAGCAAGCGGUAUCAGCCCCAAGCCGUGUGGCUGCUGUAGGACCCUAUAUCCAGUCCUCUACUAUGCCACGGAUGCCCUCAAGGCCUGAACUGCUGGUGAAGCCGGCCCUGACAGAUGGUUCCUUUGUCAUGCAGGCUUCAGAGGGGCCAAUGAAAAUACAGACGCUGCCCAAUAUGAGGUCAGGGGCUGCUUCACAAACUAAAGGCUCUAAAAUCCAUUCAUUUGGCCCUGAUUGGAGUCCUUCAAAUGCAGAGCUUUUCCAAAACCACGGCUCAGCUUCUGUACCUCAGAGUGCUGGGAAUACUCUGGACCAAGUUGAUGAUGGAGAGAUUCCACUGAGGGAGAAAGAAAAAAAAGUACGUCCCUUUUCAAUGUUUGACACGGUGGACCAGUCUGCUGCCCCGCCCUCCUUUGGUACUCUGAGGAAAAACCAGAGCAGUGAAGAUAUCUUGCGGGAUGCCCAGGCUUCGAAUAAAAAUGUAGUUAAAGUACCACCUCCUGUUCCUACCAAACCAAAACAGAUUAAUUUGCCUUAUUUUGGACAAACUAAUCAGUCAUCUUCAGACAUGAAGCCAGAUGGAAAUCCUCAGCAAUUGCCAACAACUGUCACAUCUAUGGGAAGCCAGACCCAGCGGCCACCCAGAGCCCUGCUGCCUCCCAGUGCACCUGCACCUGGCCAAGACCAAGCCCUUCCUCCAGGCUCAAAGCAGGAGAGUCCACCUGCUGCUGCUGUCCGGCCCUUCACUCCCCAGUCUUCCAAAGACACCCUAUUUCCACCCUUCAGAAAACCCCAGACUGUGGCAGCAAGCUCCAUAUAUUCCAUGUAUACGCAGCAUCAGGCUCCAGGAAAAAACUUCCAGCAGGCCGUGCAAAGUGCGUUGACCAAGACACAUACCCGAGGGCCACACUUUUCCAGUGUAUAUGGCAAACCUGUGAUUGCUGCUGCCCAAAAUCCACAACAGCACCCAGAGAACAUUUAUUCCACUAGCCAGGGCAAGCCUGGCAGUCCAGAACCUGACACAGAGCCUAUUUCCUCAGUUCAGGAGAACCAUGAAAACGAAAGAAUUCCUCGACCACUCAGCCCAACCAAAUUAUUGCCUUUCUUAUCUAAUCCUUACCGAAACCAGAGUGAUGCUGACUUAGAAGCCCUACGAAAGAAAUUGUCUAAUGCACCAAGGCCACUGAAGAAACGUAGUUCUAUUACAGAGCCAGAAGGUCCUAAUGGGCCCAAUAUUCAGAAACUUUUGUACCAGAGGACCACUAUUGCUGCCAUGGAGACCAUCUCUGUCCCAUCAUACCCAUCUAAGUCAGCUUUAGUGACUGCCAGCUCAGAAAGCCCAGUGGAAAUCCCGAAUCCGUAUUUACAUGUGGAGCCCCAGAAGGAAGUGGUCUCUCUGAUUCCUGAACCUUUGUCCCCAGAGGCUAUGGGGAGUGCCGGUCCAGAGAACAGUGACAUGCCAGUUCCUUCUCCAGGCCUUGAUCAUGUGCCUGAAGGAGUCCCAGACAGUAGCCCUGAUCUCCAACAGAACGUGGAAGAACCAAAUCCAGAGGCUCCCCGUCUGCUUGACGUGUACCUGGAAGAGUACCCUCCUUACCCACCCCCUCCGUACCCUUCUGGGGAGCCCGAAGGGCCUGGAGAGGACUCUGUGAGCAUGCGCCCACCUGAGAUCACUGGGCAGAUCUCUCUGCCUCCUGGCAAAAGGACAAACUUGCGUAAAACCGGCUCAGAGCGUAUUGCUCACGGAAUGAGAGUGAAAUUCAACCCCCUUGCUUUACUUUUGGAUUCAUCUUUGGAGGGAGAAUUUGACCUUGUACAGAGAAUUAUUUAUGAGGUCGAUGACCCAAGCCUGCCUAAUGAUGAAGGCAUCACAGCGCUUCAUAAUGCUGUGUGUGCAGGGCACACAGAAAUCGUUAAGUUCCUGGUACAGUUUGGUGUAAAUGUAAAUGCUGCUGAUAGUGAUGGAUGGACUCCAUUGCACUGUGCUGCCUCGUGUAACAAUGUCCAAGUGUGUAAGUUUUUGGUGGAGUCAGGAGCCGCUGUGUUCGCCAUGACCUACAGUGACAUGCAGACUGCUGCAGAUAAGUGUGAGGAAAUGGAGGAAGGCUACACCCAGUGCUCUCAGUUUCUUUAUGGAGUGCAGGAGAAAAUGGGCAUUAUGAAUAAAGGACUCAUCUAUGCACUUUGGGAUUACGAACCUCAGAAUGAUGAUGAACUGCCCAUGAAAGAAGGAGACUGCAUGACAGUCAUCCGCAGGGAGGAUGAAGAUGAGACCGAGUGGUGGUGGGCACGCCUUAAUGACAAGGAAGGAUAUGUUCCACGCAACUUGCUGGGACUGUACCCAAGAAUUAAACCAAGACAAAGGAGUUUGGCCUGAAACUUUAACAGCAUUUUAGUUAAUGAAGAUUUGAUAUCUGUUAUCACUAAAAAGAAGAAUACACUUGUUUUUGGCAAAAAUUUCAAAAGACUUGUUUUAAUGACUGUGUAGCUUCAAAGCAGUGAAGAAUGUCUCUGGAAGAAAAUGAAGGAUUAAAGAUUUCACUACUAGAGGACAGUCAGCAUGAUGAAAUGGAAUUUACAAGGGAGCAGACCAUACUGUGUUGGAGCAAAGGUGUUCCAUGUAGCACUCAGAAAAAUAUACAGUGAUAAUCCUGUUUUCUAUAAAAAAUAGGAUGGGUGGUGCCUGUGGCUCAAGGAGUAGGGCGCUGGUCCCACAUGCCGGAGGUGGCGGGUUCAAACCCAGCCCCGGCCAAAAACCACAAAAAAAAAAAAAAUAGGACGUUUAUUGGACUGUUGGGAAAUCGGCUUCAUAUCCUGCUUAGUGGGCAUUUUUAGCACUUGCUUGUAUGCCAGGAAGGACUAGUGCCAUUAUGGCACCAUCUCUGAUGUUCCCCUAACACCAGGAGUCCCUCGGGGGCCUGUAUGAAGGCUGGAUGGUGCCAUAUACUUGUAUAUUAUCAGCAAAGAACUGUCAGUUGGUUGUCCAUGAGCAAUAACUUUAUUGUAUGAGUUCUUGUAGCAUCUUAAGGAUUUUACAUACAUUUGAAAUAUUGAAACUAAGCUAUACUUUCAGUAGUUAGACUUAGAAUCUUAUUUGUAGGCUGAAUUUGAAUUUAUAUUUAUUGUCUUUUGUAUCUCGAUAAUUAGAGACUUGGUAUAGACUUACCCAUAACGUUUGUCAAGUUCAUAGCUAGCUUUAAAAAUAAUUGUAAUAAAUUAAACUUUUUGACUGUAAAUUGUUCACUAGUUUUUAUCUUUAAUUUUCAUAAAGAGACCUUGUUUAAAGGUCACAAGUUGGCUGGGUGUGGUGGCGGCUCAUGCGUGUAAUCCUAGCCCUCUGGAAGGCUGAGGUGGGUAGCUUGCUUGAGAGUUUGAGACCAGCCUGAGCCAGGGCCAGAGUGAGAAAAAAAAAAAUAGCCAGGCGUUGUGGCAGGCGCCUGUAGUCCCAGCUAUGUGGGAGGCUGAGGCAAGAGAAUUGCUUAAGCGCAAGAGUUUGAGGUUGCUGUGAGCUGUGACACCACAGCACUCUACCAAGGACAACAAAGUGAGACUCUGUAAAUGAAUGAAUGAAUGAAUGAAUGGAUGAAUGUCUUACCCAGCUGAAAAAUAACAAACUGCCUAAUGUAAAUGUAUGUACUAUAAUAAGAUUUCUUUAGCAGCCAAGUGAUUAAAUGUAUAUGUUUUUCUUUGCUUACUUUAAAAAACUCUCUGUUUUGCAUUUCAUGAGUUUGGGGAGUUUUUAAAUAUUUUGUUUUAUCUUUUGUUAAAAUGGGGACUUGAUAAGUUGCAGAGGCUGGUCAUGAACUCCUGGCUUCAAGUGGUCCUCCUGCCUUGCCUCCCAAGUGUUGAGCCACUGAGCCUAGCUGAGUUUGGGUGGUUUUUGGUAUAGAACUAAGUUUUGUUUUUUAAAAAAAAGAUCUUAGAGAUCAUGGUGAUAGAAACCUGCUUUGCACUUUUUACCUAGAACCUCUAACGGACUGCUUUAGUGUCCUUAUUUUAUUUCAAGUUCUUCUUGAUUUGUGGAGUAAAAAAUCAUGUGCACGAAGUCGCCACAUUGUUUUAUUAAUAUGUUGCCAAGUUCAUCGUUUGUUUUGAAACCCAUUUGCUUAGGGGAACUAUUGUAUUUAAUAGAAGAUACAAAUUAAAAACCAGUAAUCACUCAUUUUCACAAGUAACAUUUCUAACAAGGAAGGUAAAUGAAAGAACAUACCAUACCUUUCAGGUAAUGAAGAAGGAACAGCCUGAACUCAACGUCAAAAGACCCCAGUGUGGCAGGCAAAAUUCCAAAGACGCCCCUUCUAUCCUGUUCACUGGUUAUUCAGUCUAGCACUAAUUUAGGUACAGUAAGUCCUCACUUAAUGUUGACAUAGGGAACCAGCAGGCCCUGCUCACUAAGGAGUUACAAGGCUCAAGCUAAGGUCCCUGAUAAAAUAGGAGGCAGUCGCCUAUAAUCCUAACACUCUGGGAGGCCAAGGCAGGUGGAUUGCUUGAGCUCACGAGUUUGAGACCAGCCUAAGCAAGAGCAAGACCCCGUCUCUACUAAAAAAUAGAAAAACUGAGGCAAGAGGAUUGCUUGAGCUCUAGUUGGAGGUUGCUAUGAGCUAUGAUGCCAUGGCACUCUACCCAGGGUGACAGCUUGAGACUGUUCAAAACAAACAAAAAUGGGAAGCAUUGGGGAAACUGACCAAGAUGGCAAUGAAAGUUACCUCUGGUUACCCUCACUGCUCAGAAUACACUAAUAAUAAUUCAUUAGCAUGCUAAGAGAAAUUCCCACCAAAACUGUGACAGUUUACAAAUGCCAUGGAAACUCCUAGAAGUUACCUCAGAGGAGAGACCCUCAAUUUCAGUAAUUCCUUACCCCUUUCCCAGAAAUCUUAUGAAUAAUCCACCUGCUUAACAUAAAGUUAAAUAAGUAUAAAAUAAGACUCUGUGUUCUUAGAACGGGCACUCUGUGCCUGAGGAGGAGCCUUCCUUCUGUUCCUUUGUUACUUAAUAAACUUGCUUUUGCUUUACUCUGUUGGCUCACU